GGUGAGGGCGCGGCGGUGUCGCGAAGCCGGCGCGGUUGCCCGGGUGAUUGCCGUAGGGCGGGCGGGCGAGUGCGGAGUCACGAUGGCGGUGCAGCUGGAGCAGGCGGUCGGGAUGUACGAGCAGCUGCGGAGCGAGUGGGCGCGCAAGAACCCCAACCUGCGCAAGUGUGAGGAGCUGCUGGUCAAGCUGAAGGUGGCUCUACUGGAAUUGAACUUCCUCCCCACCUCGGGCACCAAACUGACCAAGAGACAACUCAUUCUUGCCCGGGAUGUUUUGGAAAUCGGAGCACAGUGGAGUAUCCUGAAGAAAGAUAUCCCUUCAUUUGAACGUUACAUGGCACAACUCAAGUGUUAUUAUUUUGACUACAAGGAUGAAUUGCCGGAGUCUGCCUACAAACACCAGCUGUUGGGACUGAACCUGCUGUUUCUUCUGUCUCAGAACCGGGUGGCUGAGUUCCACACAGAGCUGGAGAGACUACCUGCAAAAGAUAUACAGACCAAUGUCUACAUCAAACACCCGGUCUCACUUGAGCAGUAUCUGAUGGAAGGCAGCUACAACAAGGUUUUCCUAGCAAAGGGAAACAUCCCUGCUGAAAGCUACACCUUCUUCAUUGAUAUCCUGCUUGAUACCAUUAGGGAUGAAAUUGCUGGCUGUAUAGAGAAGGCAUACGAAAAUAUAUUAUUCAAUGAAGCUUCAAGAACACUCUUUUUCACCACAUCAAAGAAGAUGACUGAGUAUGCAAAAAAGAGGGGCUGGCUCCUGGGUCCAGAUAACUAUUACUCAUUUACAAACCAGCAGCAGAAGCCAGAGGAGGCCACAAUCCCAUCCACAGAACUGGCCAAACAAGUCAUUGAAUACGCCAGGCACCUGGAAAUGAUUGUUUAACCAAGGGAGAAGACAUUUUUUCCGGAUGGGGAGCGGGUGGGGUUACUUUUGUUUCUUUGGGGUAGGUGGGUGUCUGGCUUGCAACGAGGGAGUGGGCAGUUGCGUCUGCACUCUUCAGAUCCUGGAAGCUGCUGAAUACUGUGGAUUGGUUGUGUUGAUGGACUGUGCUGAACACAGACUGCGGAGCUGGGCUGUCCAGUCAUUCUGGGCAGUUUCCAAUGUGUGGAUACCUACCAGUGGAACCCAAGAUAUUGAACCAUUUAAACCUUCAAUUUUCAACAAGUUGUCCUCCAGCGUCUCUCAGAUUCACACCAAUACCCUGAUGCAGAAAUAUCAGUAUUUUAGUUUCAAACUCUUGGUCGCAGUCUGUUCAGGCCUGACCUGAUAUAAAAUGGAUAGUUUUAUGUGUAAUCUGAGGAGCCUACAAAAUAAAAUCAAACUAUUAUCACA